GUAAUCGGUAUAAUAAUAAAGUGUGUGUUAAAUGUAACACCAAUGUGUAUUUGAAUGCGUACGGAUAAAUAAGCUUAUGCUGCGGGGACAUCUUAAUUGAUUGAAUAUAAUCGUACGAAUGAAAGGAAAACAUUGUCACAUGUCACAUGUGCAUUGUAUAUGUAUAACCGUUACAAUUUGAAAUGAAAGUAUAGAUAGCGUAUCGAAUUUCGUUGCGCUGAGAUAACGUCUUGUGCUAUUGAAAUCAAGCUGAAAGACGUUUCAGUUUUCCAGCAUUUUAUCGGAAACGUAACUCGUACAUCCGUGUUAGAAAAGUGAAUAAAACGUGCAAAAAAAAACGUGUCGUCGAAAUGAACCGUGUAAAAACAGUCCCAUUAGUGCAUGAUAAAAAGUGAAUUUUGUAACAUAACUGUUAUAUUCCAUUAAUUACUUACUUAGUUAUGUUUCACUUACGCUAGUUAUGUUUUAUUUUUAUAAGGUUUUAUAUUUUAUCUACAUUGUUUAAGGCCAACAUCUUUUGAAUAGAUAAAUGUAAUCUUUUUAUAUAAAAGUGCGCAGACGCGCGAAUACGCAACGUGGAAUCGACGCACCCCCACACAUGUCCCUGCAUGUAUAUAAACUCGUAAACAGUGUUGUUUGUAAAUUUUCUUCAGAAUUUUUAUAUGAUUCUUGAAAUAAAGAACGUCCCAAAAGUAACAAGGAAACUACUAUUCUUCGUAAAAUAUUUCUUCUAUAAGGAAUAAUAAGAGAUUAAUCAAAAUGUGUGGAAUUUGGGCCUUGUUUGGAUUAGACAUUCCUUUGACCUGUAUGUGUGAGAAUUUUGAAAAAAUAAGCCAUCGUGGACCAGAAGCUUUUAAACUUGAAUAUGACCAUGCAGUCAAGAAUGGUUAUCUUGGUUUCCAUAGAUUGGCUAUUGUUGAUGACCUCCGUGGAAUGCAACCAAUGAGACUUAUUAAGUAUCCUCAUAUCUUUUUACUGUGCAAUGGAGAGAUAUAUAAUUAUAAAAGUAUCAGCGAAGAACAUGGAUUCCAAUACAGUACAAAUUGUGAUGUAGAAGUAAUAAUACAUUUGUAUGAAAAUAAUGGUGCACAAAAUGUUACCAAAAUGCUUGAUGGUGUAUUUGCAUUUUGUCUAUUGGAUUUUAAGAACAAAAGAAUUCUGAUUGGCAGGGAUCCUUACGGUGUUAGACCUUUAUUUCAAUUAUAUUCUACUGAUGGACAACUUGGAAUUUGUUCGGAGAGCAAAGGUCUUAUGGGAUUAACCAAACGUAUAAAAUCAGAUUGGACAUUAAAACCAUUUACACCAGGUCAUUAUGAAGAAUAUGAAAUCUUAAAUGAUGGCAGAACAAAAUUAUUAUCUAAAGUGAACUACUGUAAACCAGGAAGCAAACCUAGUUUUAAACCAUAUACUAAUUGGAAUGCAUUAAGUAAAACAAAUGUACUUGGAAACAUAAGAAUGUUACUCUCAGCUGCUGUAAAGAAAAGACUAAUGGCCGAUAGAAAGGUAGGAUGUCUGCUGUCAGGUGGUUUAGAUUCAAGUUUAGUUGCAGCUUUGUUAGUAAAACAUGCUAAAGAAGAAAGUCUACCAUAUAAAAUACAAAGUUUUGCAAUUGGAAUGGGUGAUAGCCCCGAUAUUAUUGCAGCUAGGCAGGUUGCAGAUUAUAUAGGAACAGAACAUCAUGAAAUCAUUUUUUCAGAGAAAGAUGUACUGCAUAUUUUAGACAAACUGAUUUAUCACUUGGAGACUUUUGAUAUUACUACAAUUCGAGCUUCUAUUGGUAUGUACCUUAUCUCGAAGUACAUUAAGAAUAAUACAGAGACAACAGUAAUAUUUAGUGGAGAAGGUGCAGAUGAGCUGGCACAAGGUUACAUUUAUUUUCGAGAUGCACCCAAUGAGAUAGAAGCUCAUAAUGAAUCUCAUCGAUUACUAAAGGACAUUUACUUGUAUGAUGGUUUAAGAGCAGAUAGGACAACUAGUGCCUUUAGUUUAGAAUUGCGAGUUCCAUUCUUAGAUAUACAGUUUACAAAUUAUUAUUUAUCACUGGACGCUGCUUCUAGACAACCUCAAGGAGGAGUAGAAAAACAUUUAUUAAGAUCUGCAUUCGAUGGUACUGGUCUGUUACCAUCAAAUAUACUGUGGAGACACAAAGAAGCAUUCAGCGAUGGCGUAACGUCAAUUAAAAAAUCUCUUUUCCAAAUUGUACAUGAUAUAAUAAAAGAUCAUGUAACAGAUGAAGAUUUGGAGAACGCUCAUCUUAAAUAUACCUAUUGUACACCAAAAACCAAAGAAGCACUGUAUUAUAGAAAUAUCUUCGAGAAAUAUUAUGGAGGCCAAGCUGAAGAAUUCAUGCCAUACUUUUGGAUGCCUCGAUGGAUUACAGGAAUUAGCGAUCCAUCUGCGCGAUUUAUUAAACAUUAUUCAGCAAAAGAGUGAAGAUAAUGACAAAGAUAACAGAGAUAAAUGGAUUCUAUUUGUUAACAUUUGAGUUAAUUUUAUAAAAAUUAUAUAAGUGUUUAUUUUUAAAAUAAAUUUUAUAAACAAAUUUUUAUUGCACUAAACACGCGAGUUAAUUUUUUUAAACCUAAUUAUGAAAGUAACGA